ACCAUGGAGAUAAACAGAGGAGCGGCGUGUGCAGCGGAAAGUCUCAACGCUAUGAACCAUUUAGCCAACAACAGACAUAAUUAGUGGACAGUGUUUUUCUCCGUAUUGCUGCGUUUCAUUUUUUUCGUCUCUUUUUAUUUUAAACUCCGCUGAUAUUUACAGUGUUCGUCUCUUACAGCCUACACGGUCGGUCUCUCACUUAGACCGACGCGCUCGCUGUCAGGAUGGUGUCCUACAAGCGCCUGAACCCAGAAGAUGUUCAGUUUUCCAGUGAAGUGUUGUCAGAGGAGCCCCGUCCUGUCCAAGAGGAAAUUUCAGUGCCGGAGCCAGAAGAAGCCUCUCUGCUUCCACGAAGGCUGUCAUGCUCCGUCACCACGGGCGUCCUGGUGAUCGGCUGCCUGCUGCUGAUCCUCUGUGGAGGCUGGAUCUUGGGCACCAUGUUCUGGUUGCACAGUCCCUCCAAACAGCAGCCGCACAGACCCCCAGUGCCGGCCCCACCGGCUCCAGCACCAACAGUGAAACCAGUACAAACCGAAGCAAACGACACGGCGGCUGCCCUCCGCCGCGAGGCUUGCAGUUUAAUCCCCGAGGCGUGGAGGUUUGACUGCUACCCCGAAAGAGGAGUCGUCGUUACCAAAGAGUUGUGUGAAGCGAGGAACUGUUGCUUCAUCCCGGCUUCCGCUUCCUCCUCCUCCUCUGCCAGCCGUCCAUCAAAGGAAAACGGUAUCCCUUGGUGCUUCUAUCCUCCCGAUUUCCCUUCGUACUCGCUCAAGUCAAUAGAAGACACAACGCUGGGGCAGAAGGGUGAGCUUGUGAAGGAGGUGAAGACUUACUACCCAGGAGACAUUCUUACUCUAGAGGUGGAGAUACGUCAUGAGACAGACUCUCGGCUACGUGUCAGAAUUACCGACCCUUCCACUUCACGCUUUGAAGUUCCAAUCUCCGUUCCCAACGUCACAGAGAAGGCUGAAAAUCCAGAUUACACCGUGGAGAUUUCUAAGGAGCCGUUCGGUCUCGUUGUGAAGAGGACGUCUACAGGAACCGUGCUUUUGAACACCACAGUGGCUCCUCUCUUCUACGCCGAUCAGUUUCUCCAGUUCUCCACCUCCCUGCCCAGUCAGUUCAUCUACGGCCUCGGAGAGCACCGCUCCACCUUUCUGCAUGACGUCCACUGGAACACGCUCACCAUGUGGGCCAGAGAUGUGCCUCCAAUGGAGCAGACAAACCUGUAUGGAGCGCAUCCUUUCUACCUGGCAGUCGAGGACGGAGGGAACGCACACGGCUUCUUCCUGCUGAACAGCAACGCAAUGGACGUGGCCCUUCAGCCCGCCCCGGCCCUCACCUGGCGCACUAUUGGUGGAAUCCUGGACUUUUACGUUUUCCUUGGUCCCGAUCCUGGUUCAGUGAUCGGACAGUAUGUGGAAGUCAUCGGCUACCCAGCGAUGCCCAUUUACUGGGCUUUAGGCUACCAUCUCUGUCGGUGGGGUUUUAACUCAAGCGAAUCCACCUGGGAGGUUGUUAAGAGCAUGAGGGAUUCUGGGAUACCCCAGGACGUCCAGUGGAACGACAUCGACUACAUGGAGCAAUUUUUGGACUUCACUUAUGACUCAACAAAUUUUGCCACACUACCCGACAUGGUCAAAGACCUGCACGCUCACGACCAGCGCUACGUGAUGAUCCUGGAUCCAGGUAUCAGUAGCACUCAGCCUGAGGGCUCGUACUGGCCCUAUGACGAAGGACUGAGGAGAAACGUUUUUAUUAAAGAUGCUGAAGGAAAACCACUCAUUGGGAAGGUGUGGCCGGGUCUCACAGCAUAUCCUGACUUCUCUGACGACAUGACCCACGAAUGGUGGUACGACAACCUUCAGAGGUUCCAUGAGAAGGUGCCGUUUGAUGGAUUGUGGAUUGACAUGAACGAGCCGUCAAAUUUCUUAGAUGGGUCCACAAACGGCUGUCCAUCAAACAGUCUUGAAAAUCCACCUUACACACCAGGUGUACUAGGAGGUUUGCUGAGAGGCAAAACGGUGUGUGCAUCUGCACAGCAGAAGCAGUCCACACAUUACAACAUGCACAGCCUCUAUGGACUCAUGGAAGCGGAGGCCUCGGCGAGUGCUCUGAAGCGGAUCGUGGCAAAGAGGCCUUUUGUAAUCUCUCGCUCCACCUUCCCUAGUCAGGGAAAAUACUCUGGUCACUGGCUGGGAGACAACAGGAGCCAGUGGAAAGACCUUUACACCUCUAUAUCAGGUAUUCUGACCUUUAACCUUCUGGGCAUCCCGUUGGUGGGAGCAGAUAUUUGUGGCUUCAGUGAAGAGCCGCAGGAGGAACUCUGUGUCCGCUGGACGCAGGUUGGAGCUUUCUAUCCUUUCACACGCAACCACAACGCCAUCGACAGGAAGCCUCAGGAUCCGACAGCUUUCAGCCCCAUGGCUCGUUUAGCCAUGAAACAAGCUCUGCUGUUACGCUACUCUCUCUACCCCGUCCUCUACACGCUCUUCCAUCACGCACAUGUUCACGGACACACUGUCGCACGGCCCCUCAUGUUUGAGUUUCCAAAAGACUUAAAAACUUAUGGGAUUGACAAACAGUUCCUCUGGGGGAAGAGUUUACUGGUGACGCCGGUGUUGGAUCCUGGAGUAGACUAUGUGGAGGGUUACUUCCCAGCAGGUCUGUGGUACGACUACUACACGGGCGACAUUGUGAACAGUAAAGGUGAAGAGAUGCGACUCCCUGCACCUUUAGACAAGAUCAACCUGCAUUUGCGUGAAGGAUCUGUGAUACCUACACAGGCGCCCAACCUGACCCUGUGGGUGAGCAGCGGUCAGCCUCUCCACCUCGUCUCAGCGCUCUCCGAUGACGGCUCAGCCAGCGGAGAUCUGUUCUGGGAUGACGGAGAGAGCAUCGACACCUACGAGAACGACCAGUACGCCUACAUCGUCUUUAACGUCUCUCAGAACGUAAUGACGUCACAUGUCCUCCACACCAACGUGGAGGCCACGUACAUCACGGUGGAGUCGGCGUCUUUCUACGGUGUGAAGAAGCAGCCGAACAGAGUGCUGGUGAACUCCCAGGAUGCAUCGUUCACCUACAGAAUGAACCAGGUGUUGACAGUCGCAGAUUUGGGUCUGAACCUCAGUCGGAACUUCACCAUCAGCUGGAUGUGAAGGAAAAAGGAAAAAAAAUCAGAUUUUAUUUAAGAUAUUAGUUUUAUGCGUUGAUGGUUAUUGAGACUGACACACAGUGGAGUCUGUAAGUAUUAGAGCAGUGAUGUUUUUCACUGUUUUGGCUCUUUACUCUACACUGGAUAAUAACAGGAACUAUAACUGAGCUUAAAGUGGAAGUUCAGUUCACGUCCAUAUCUGGUUCACAGCACUUUAAACUGUAUUGUUAUUGUUUCCUGUGCUGGAGUACAGAGCCAACACACAAAUAACUGCCCAUCAGUGAGCAAAAGAUGAGCAGGUAAAACAAAGUGGAGGUGCUCUGGAGUAGAGUGAGGUCAUGAUUGUGUUCAUCUUAUUUAUCGU